AUGCAUCAGUGUGACAUUUGUGGUAGAAACUACAGCUAUAAAAAGAAUCUUCUUAGACACAUCCGUGAAAAACAUAUAGAAUUAGAACAUUGGAACUGUCCAGUUGAGACCUGCAAUUCGAAGUUCAUUCGGCGAAGUUAUUUAUGGAGACAUUUAUCUCUCAAACAUGAAUUUUCGAAAACGGACGCACGGACAGCGGCUAUUUCUGCACCUAGAGGAAACAAACCUACACAAACGUCGAACUAUGAGGACAUUAGCGAUGACGACUCAAUUCUUGAUUUAUUAGCAUCAGAAGAAACAGAACAGUUGGACUUUGAUUCUGUAAUACGUGAAUUUGAUACCGAUGUUUUCGGAUUUGAUGAGAACAAUAAUCAGUUUCACGGAAUAAAUAACUAUAAAUUAGCUGUUGGUGUAAACGUUGACGUAAAUAAAUCAAGUGACGUUAAUAGUGAAAGAGAGGAAAGUGAUCGUCAUGACGUCAAUAAAAAAUCAGAUAACGACGAUAACGUUAACGUAAAUAAACCAAGUGACGUUAACAGUGAAAAAGAUGAAAGUGAUCGUCAUGACGUCAACGAAAAAUCAGAUAACGACGAUAACGUCGACGUAAAUAAAGAAAGUGACGUUGAUAACGAAAAAAGUAAAAGUGAUCGUGAUUACGUCAACAAAGAAGCCGAAUACGAUUAUAGCGUUGACGCCAAAAAAGCAAGUGACGUUAAUAAUGAAACAGAGGAAAGUGAUAGGGAUUACGUCCACCAGGGAUCAGAUAUCGGUGAAAACGUCGACGUCAUCAACGAAGAUGACGUUAACAGAAAUAAAAGUGAAAACGAUUGUGCUAGCGUCAACGAUGAAAACAACAAAGUGAAUGACGUUAACCGUAAUAAUGAAAGUGAAAAUUGUUUUAAUUUCGGAUAUAGUGACAUCAGUGAAUGUGAUGAUAUCAUCGAAAGUUACAGUGACCAAAGCAAUGAAGAAACAUAUAAUGAACGCGAUAAUGCUAGCGGUAAUAACGAUGGAUGUAAUGACACCAAUAACUCUGACAACGAUAGUGUCGACAUGAUCAACAAUAACGUCAACGACAAUAGUUUCGAUGAAAAUAGUUAUAAUGACGGUACCGACGGUAAUUACGUGAAUGAUGUUAACCUCGACGACGAUAGUGAGUAUAACAGUGGUGAAAACAAUGAACGAAAUAAUGAAUACAAGCGUAACUGUUCUUCUGAUGAGGAUUAUAUCUUAAUUUCGAGCGAAGACGAGGACGGGUCUAAUGAAACUGCGGUAGAAAAGGCAUCAUCUUUAUAUAAAACCAGGGUUUGGACAUGCACUGUGACGAAACGCUUGUGUAUACGUGACGGUCAAGAAUAUGUACUGAGUGCAACAAAGGAAUUUGAUUACUUUGAAUUUGAAAAAUAA